AUGAAGGCGACUACUCUCUUCGUCAGCGCCCUUUUUCCAUAUUUUCUUGGAACUCGGGGUUUCCUACCAGAAGAAGACAUACGAGGAAUUAAUCAUACUUCCAACGUGGCAAGUUUUGCAUUCCAAAAUGCUAACCUGUCGAAGAACUGUCUGCAGCAACUCAAUCAAUAUGUCAAGGAUCUCGCCGGCAAGAAGAUGUGGGCGUUAAAGAUGUUCGACGCGUCGGGGAAGAAUCCCUCUGGAAUUCUUGAGGGUAACUUUUACGAAUUGGGAUCGUUCGACGAAUGCAUGAGCAUAGAGGAGACGAUGGCAGAAGAUACCAUUAUUGGAAAGUACUGCGUUGGUAAGCUUCCAUUCGGGUUAAAAUUAGGCGUUUGCGCACCAGGCGCCUGCACGGCACGAGAACUCGAAGGUGUUUACAAUGGGACUGGGUUUUCAUUCUCGGAAAGCAAUUGCCAAAGUAAAGAAUCUCAACCCAAAAUUGACGUCGGUGCCGCAAUUGUCAUAUCCUUCCUAGGAAUGGUACUCUGUUGGAUAAUUUUCUCAACAAUCUACGACGCGAUAACGCAGCAGCUCGAGAAAGUGUCGCGGCAUUGGUUCCUGAUCUCCUUCUCCUUCUUUACAAAUGGAAGGAAAAUGUUUGCAAUUAGCAAGAACGACGAUGAGAUCUCAUGUUUGCAUGGAAUCCGCGUUAUCAGUAUCAUGUGGAUCAUACUGGGACACUGGGGUUUACUAUUCGGACGGUUACCGAUUCGAAACCUGAACUUCGUUCUUGAGUUCAUGAACACUCCCUCCAGUAUGAUACUCUUAGGCGGACAAAAUGCGGUCGAUACGUUCUUUUUGUUGAGUGGACUAACGUUGGCCUAUGUCUUCGUGAAGCACUCGAAGAAAGGCACCAAGUUAAAUUUGUUGGUGUUUUACGCACAUAGAUACAUUCGAUUAACACCGGCGGUAGGAAUUAUGCUGGUGUUUCACAUGUUUUUGCUGAAGUAUAUGGGGUCAGGCCCGCUGUGGCCGUCCAUCGUUGAAACCCUGUCCGGUCCGUGCGAGAAGAACUGGUGGAAGGUUUUGUUGUACAUUCAAAACUUUGGUACUAUGAACGAUGUGUGUAUGGAACCGACUUGGUUUCUCAGCGUUGAUAUGCAACUGUAUAUGGUGUCACCACUGCUCUUGCUACCGUUAUUGAAGUGGCCAAAUGUUGUCCUAGCUGUAACGGCGUGCCUCGCCGCUUGCAGCAUGGUGGCGGGCUUUGUAUUAACGUGGAUCUUCAACAUAAUCAAAAUAGAGAACGGUGGCGUAUACAUGACGUACAUUUACUUGCCACCGUAUACUAGAGCGGCCCCAUGGCUGGUUGGAAUCAUUCUCGGUUAUUUAAUAUACGACACCAAAACAAGGACAGGCAGGGUGGUACUAAAUAAAGUGUUUGUUGUAGCCAUGUGGAUUACUGCUUUAGCGGUUUUAAUCACUUGCGUAUUCGCUGAACACGAUUUGCUAGUAUCAACAGAAGGCCUCCUAUGGAAACAUGGAUUGAACAACGCACUGAGGCGUACUGCUUGGGCGGUUGCCAUUGGGUGGGUCAUCUACGCUUGCACUUUUGGAUAUGGGCGUCUCGUGAACGCAUUCCUAUCAUGUACAGUAUUUAAGGUCUUAUCAAGGCUCACAUUUAGCUUCUACUUAACUCACAUCUUCGUUCAAGCGGUAACGAUGGAAGGCUUUCAGAUGAAUCCGGUCGUUAGUGUCGGUUUUAUAUUGACGAUAGUAUGGACCAAUUAUGCAAUGACCUUCUUUGCCUCUCUUUUAUUGACGUUAGGAUUCGAAUCUCCACUCAUCGCAAUCGAGAAAAGGUUACUAAGGAGACAUUGAUAUAUGUUUCUCAUAUGCUAAUAGAUCUUUUUUUACGAG